UAGUAUACCUGCGCCCCGCCUGGCUCCGGAUCCCCCACGCCCCUUGGCCCGUUCGGCUCUCAGGCUAUUCCCGUCGCAGGAGCCGCGCGAUCUAGGGUUCACAGCCGCCGUCCAGAUGUCAUAUGGGGCAUCCGUCGACGACCUCAAACUCCUUCCGCUGCUCCCUCCGCGGCCACUUCGCCACUGUCUUUGGCCACGACGCGCGCGAGGUGUCCGCCCGCCUCGCCGUCGUUGGCCAUUGCCACCACGCCGCCAUCGCCCGCCUCCACGGCAGGAGGAGGUGAAGCAGGAGCGGUGCCCGGCGACGUUCGCGGUGACGAUACUGGCCGCGAUGUGCUUUGCCGCCUCCUUCUCGGACAACUUCAACUCCCCCUCCCCCACCACCUCCGUCAAGAUCUUGAACAUAAACUGGUUCCAGAAGGAGGCCAACGGCAACGACGAGGGAAGCAUUCUAAAAGGCAAGGACUUCAACUUGGCAAUGCACUAUCAUAUCAUGCCAAAGACUGGCAAGAUGUUUGCAGACAAGAUAGUCAUGAUAGGUUAUCGGCUUCCUAAGCAGUACAGAUAGUCAGAUAGAUCCUGAGCAGCAGCUUGAUGGUCCCUGUGCUAUGCAAGGGUCAUUACUGGGAGCAGAGACGUGCAAAUUUUAGUAGCAGUGUGCUAGAUACUGAGCUUUUUGUUCUAAUCUUAGCCGAACAUGUGAUGAGCAACUUUAGUCGAUACCAGGCGAAACAAAACUAACAUGGUUGAUGAGAUAUGUACUUUUCGACGUUGGUUCGUCAGUUAAAAGUUGAGACAGAAUUUGAUGGAAACAAAUUUCUGGAGCCCUUGGGUUGCAAAGCACACUGAUACCCUGUUUGU